AUGAAUAUUGAUCCAUUGAACAUGAAUGCAAGUGAGGAAUACAAAAAUGCAACUGACAUAUUCGACCAAAAUGUUUCACAUGUAAUUCAGCAGAUCCAUGAAAACCUAACGUUAUUCAUAGUUCCUUACCACCCACUGACGUCAUUUAUAGAACAAUAUACAAUCCCUGUUAUCUGUAUAUUCGGAUUAAUUACCAACACGCUGUCAUCAAUUGUGUUUUUACAGAAAACUCUUAGGGAUAGUUCUUGUAGUAUUUUUCUCGCAGCUAGAGGUUUCAUAGACAAUGGCUUCUUAUCAACAUUAUUGAUAGUGUGGAUAUCACAAACUUUCAAUCUCCAAUUAGGAUCUUUAAGUGGAUCAUGUAAAGUUAUCAUUUUUCUAAGCUACAUUUGCGGCUUCAUUUCUGUGUGGUUAGUUGUAUUUAUAACAUUCGAAAAUUACAUACGGAUUUGCAAGCCGUUUGUUGUAAAGAGGAUCUGUACAACGGCCUUGGCAAAGGUUAUUGUUGCUAUACUGUGUCUUAUCUCGAACAGGAUCGUGAACGAUGAUUUUGAUCUUGUUAUUUUAGAUAAAAUUUAUAACUCA